AUGGGACCGGGCUCUCAGCGCACGCUCGUCCUUCUCUUGUUGCUCCUCGCCAGCCCUGGAGCGCGGGCUUUCCAGAGCUGUCUCAACAAACAGCAGCUCCUCACAACCAUCCGCCAGUUGCAGCAGCUGCUGAAGGGCCAGGAGACCCGCUUCACUGAAGGCAUUCGAAACAUGAAGAGCCGGCUGGUUGUUCUGCAAAACACUGUUAACAAAAUGACCCCGGAUGCAUCUCCAGUUUCCUGCCCAGCUCUGGAUGCUCCUCCUGAUGGCAAGAAGUUUGGAAGCAAGUACUUAGUGGACCAUGAAGUCCAUUUUACCUGCAACCCUGGGUUCCAGCUGGUUGGGCCCAGCAGUGUGGUGUGUCUUGCUAACGGUACCUGGACUGGAGAACGGCCCCGCUGCAGAGAUAUCAGUGAAUGCUCCAGCCAGCCUUGUCACAAUGGAGGGACGUGUGUGGAAGGUGUCAACCACUACAGAUGCAUCUGUCCUCCAGGAAGAACUGGGAACCGCUGCCAGCAUCAGACCCAGGCUGCGGCCCCCGACGGCGGUGUGGCCGGUGACCCCGCCUUCAGCCGCGCGCCCCGCUGCGCGCAGGUGGACCGGGAACAGCACUGCAGCUGCGAAGCGGGAUUCCACCUGAGCGGCACCGCGGGCGGCCACAGCGUCUGCCAGGAUGUGAAUGAGUGUGAGAUCUAUGGGCAGGAAGGACGCCCCCGGCUCUGCAUGCAUGCCUGCGUGAACACCCCUGGCUCCUACCGAUGUACCUGCCCGAGUGGAUACCAGAUCCUGGCCGAUGGGAAGAGCUGUGAGGAUGUUGAUGAGUGUGCGGGCCCACAGCACAUGUGCCCCCGGGGGACCACAUGCAUCAACACCGGAGGAGGCUUCCAGUGUGUCAACCCUGAGUGUCCUGAGGGCAGCGGCAAUAUAAGCUACGUGAAGACAUCUCCCUUCCAGUGCGAGAGAAACCCAUGUCCCAUGGACAGCAGACCAUGUCGCCACCUGCCCAAGACCAUCUCCUUCCAUUACCUCUCUCUCCCUUCCAACUUGAAGACGCCCAUCACACUCUUCCGCAUGGCCACAGCCUCAAUUCCUGGCCAUCCUGGGCCCAACAGCCUGCGCUUUGGGAUCGUGGGUGGGAACAGCAAUGGUCAUUUUGUAAUGCAGCGCUCAGACCGGCAGACAGGAGAGCUCAUCCUUGUACAGACCCUGGAGGGGCCUCAGACUCUGGAAGUAGAUGUUGACAUGUCAGAAUACCUGGAACGCUCCUUCCAGGCCAACCACGUGUCCAAGGUCACCAUCUUUGUGUCUCGUUAUGACUUCUAAGGAUGCCAUGGCAGUCGGGAGGCUGGGGUUUGAGAUCUGGGCUGAUUUCUCUUCCCCAAGAGCUGUGGUGAUCAUUUCUCCUCUGUCAUGUUCCCACCUUCUCUGCCUGCUCACUCAGGCUUCUAGAGCAAUGUUGUGUUCUGACCCAGGGUCUGUCACAGAAGGGAAGCCACAAACAAAAGCUGUUUCCACCAUCACACUGCUUUUUUUUUCUGCUUUAAGCCCACCCCUACCCUAUUAGGAGACAGCACAGAAUUUCAAAAUGCUAUGUAAAUGACCAUGUGAGUUUGAACCAGCUGAAGUGGGGAGAGAAGCUCCUGGUGUGUGCUUGAAACAAUAGCCAACUGUUCUGCAUUGA